AUGGCGCAAGCGGGGUAUUCGAAUCCGCUGAAGAAGUUCAAGCUUGUGUUCUUGGGUGAACAGAGUGUCGGCAAGACAUCUUUGAUUACCCGGUUCAUGUACGACUCGUUUGACAAUACCUACCAAGCGACCAUUGGCAUCGACUUUCUGAGCAAGACCAUGUACCUUGAAGAUCGAACAGUCCGCCUACAGCUGUGGGACACUGCUGGCCAAGAACGAUUCCGCUCGCUGAUUCCCUCGUACAUCCGCGACUCUAGCGUAGCCGUAGUUGUGUACGACAUCACAAACAAGAAGACGUUUGAGAACACAAGGAAGUGGGUAGACGAUGUGCGAGGUGAGCGAGGCAACGAUGUUAUCAUUGUGCUUGUAGGAAACAAGACGGAUUUGAACGACAAGCGCGAGGUCACCACAGCCCAGGGCGAGGAGGAGGCCAAGAAGAACAACCUGAUGUUUAUCGAGACUAGCGCAAAGGUCGGGCACAAUGUCAAGGCAUUGUUCAAGAGAAUUGCGCAGGCGUUACCGGGCAUGGAGGGCGAGGGCCAACAAGGGCAGAGUCAGAUGAUCGAUGUGAACAUCAACCCCAGCCAGCCCGCACAGGAAAACUCAUGCUCAUGUUAG